AAUCUCAUUUCCUCAGCACUAACAAUAUCAGUGCCCCAUCUACAACCGUCAUACUGGGUGUGUGCCUACCUGCCUGUUGUCUCGUUUGCCUCAUAGUGUUGCAGUGUACAGCAGUUGUGUCUGUGGUUUGUCUGAGUGGUGCUGCAGCACCAGAGGAAGCUAUUAGUAGACUGCUGUGGGUGAUCCCAUCCAGUCAUGACGGGGAAUUCCAGCCACGUCAAGCUAGACAACGCCACCUUGGCAAUGUUUCAGAAUGUCAAAGCCAGCAUUACCAUCUCUGUCAUCUACAUGAUCGUCAGUGCCAUUAACCUGGUCGGAAAUGGCCUUUCCAUGUGGCUGCUCAUCUUCCGUACCUCCCCCAAGACCCCCUCCAUCAUCUUCAUGAUUAAUCUCACCUUCACUGACUUGGCCCUCGGCAGCGCUCUGCCCUUUCAGAUCGCCUACCAGCUCAAAGGAUACAACUGGACUCUGGGACCCGAAAUGUGCAGUUUCCUGACCCUUGUCUUCUACACCAAUAUGUACUGUUCCAUUCUGACCAUGAUGGCCAUCGGAAUUGACCGCUACCUGGGCAUCGUCAGGCCCAUGCAGUUCAGAAAGACUAGGAAGAGGAAGACCAUCGCUGUCUUCAGCUGCCUCCUCAUGUGGGGUUUGGUCCUGUGCGUUCUGCACCCACUGAUGAUAGACCUGACCUUUGAAGUUUCUGAACUCGGGAUUACCACAUGCUUCGACAUGCUGAAGUCAAAAAUGCUCCCGAGCAGAUUUGCCUGGGUGGCCUUUGUUGGUGGCAUGGUGAUCGUCCUCUUCUUCCUCCCUUUCUUAAUCACGACAUUCUGCUAUCUGAGCGUCAUACACAAACUGGCCAAAGAUUCCAGGACAGCCCAGAAAAAGAGGGCGAUACAUCUUGCUGUCAUUGUGCUCCUGGUCUUCACCUUGUGCUUUGCUCCCAACAACAUCCUCCUGAUGACUCACGCUGUGCUGAAAAUCUUCUAUGGGAAGUCUCUCUACAUGGCCUACAAGCUGUCUCUGUGUUUCAGCUGCCUGAACAGCUGUCUCGAUCCUUUCAUUUACUACUUUGCUUCCAAGGAUUUCAGACAAAAGCUGAGACAGAUAUUGAAUCUGCAGAGCCAUAGUAGCGCUGACUCAAUGAAGAUGGAGCAUAAAGAGAGUUUGUACUCGGCACAUUGCACUUUCGAGGGUUCGGUGAGAGAAAACAGCAAGGUGUCUUUGAUGCCGCGACACACCACAGCAUAAAGAGAAAGAACAGAGAGAGAGAGAAAAAUAAGAGACAACGUGACAAAGGAAGUGAGAAAAAGAUAUUGACUGUGUUAAGGGUUGGCCUGAGUGUGUCAAGCUCUUGUACAACAUCUUACCAUUUCGGAAUCAGAUUACUUUUUAGAAAAAAUGAACAUGGAGGACAUCUGAGCCUUUUUGCGAAAUUAACCAUUAGUGUUCUUGCAUUACUCUAGACUGUGUGUCAUUUCAGUGUAUGGAAAAAAAAAGUUGUAUAUAUAUUUUAUUUUCUGCCACAAGCAUCAACAUAGCUAUUUUUGAUAAAAGAUGUAGCAUGCACAAGUGCAAAAUAAAUGUGAAUAAAAUAUUUGUAUAUAAUAAGCCUUUUUCAGAGCAGACACAGCUGAGCUUUUAGGAUUUACCAUUAUAUGUGUGUACAUGUCUCUAUAAAUGUCUGUAUACUGUGUGUGUGAAUUGCUGCAGUUGACCUUUUUACCUUUUUUAACUUGUUUGAAGUUGUCUUACUGUAUUUGUUUUCUUCCUUCGUAGAAAUAAAUGCAUUAUUAUUAUUAUUAUUAUUACUAUUACUAGUCCAUACCCAUUGAGUGCACAGUUGCCCACGUACAGUUUCACAUGGUGUGUGUUUGGGAUACAGGUCAUAGGAAAUUGCAGAUCAAAUAGUCAACUGAACCCAUUAAGAAGAGCAAUGUAUUCAGACAGAGUUUUUGUGAAUUUGAUGGCACGAUUGCUUUAUUGAAAGUACAGUAGCACCAUUGCCAACAGUGGGAUAGUUAGUGGGCUAAAACUGUACAUUAGUAGUUGAGGUAGCACGUUGAAAGGCAGAUAGUUAAAGUGUUUAUAUGUUGUAUUGGCUUAAAAGUGGGGCGCACUGGUAGAAUGACUGACUGACAGAAUGACAUACUGACAGUUUCUGUGAUUAUGUACAGCAUACCAUGCCAUGACUUAAUCAUAUCAAAAAUUAGAAAAAACAACAACACUGGGCCACAGGGGGAGCCACAGCGAUCGGUCCCAUUUUAGCCAGUUUUAAGCAUUUUUCUGUUGUUAUAGCACCAACCAGUUGCCAAUUAGAGUUAAAUUUCUCCAGUCACCUUGAGGCGUCCUGUUCUACAUAUCUACCAAGUUUAGUAAAAAUCAAUAUGGCGGUUAGGCCUAGAUAAGAAAUGAGCUCUCUAGCGCCCCCAUUUGGUUUGAUGGGGUCAAUAACAGAGGGGUCCCCUCAGAUUAUGUGUGGUCAUAUGCCUACAAAGUUGCGUGGUGAUGGGUGAAACCCUUGAGAUGUUAUACACCUUUAUGUGAUGAGCCACGCCCUCCGCAAUAUUCAUUGCCUUAUAGAAGCUCAGUUUUAGUAAGUUUUCCAACUUUUGCCAAGAGGGAACUUUAGAUAUUGGUCCCUAGAUUAUGUUCACCCAGUUUCAUGCAGAUCGCUCAAACUUCCUAGGAAGAGAUCGAAUUUAAGUCUCCUUCACCACCCACAUUAAGCACUUACAGUCAAAAGUUAAAGCUCGUUUGAGCUUUCUAUAUCGCAACAAGGCGACCUUCACCCGUUUAGCCAGACACACACUUGUCAAAAUGUCCAUCCUGCCCAUAUUUGACCUUGGCGACACCAUCUACAGGAUGGCAUCUCACUCUACCCUCAGUAAAUUGGACCCUCUCCACCACUCUGCCAUCCGUUUUGCCACAGGUGCACAUUUCAGUACUCACCACUGUGACUUAUACAACCUAGUAGACUGGACAUCCCUCCACACCAGACGACUCCGCCAUUGGCUUCAGCUCAUUUACAAAACCAUACUUGGUAUGACACCUCCCUAUCUCUCCUCCCUCCUGCACCUCUCCCACUCUGCCCUCAAUUUAAGGUCCAGUAAACUCAUUAAACUCUCUAUCCCUAAAGCCCGCACAGUCUUUGGACGCAACACUUUCCGCUUUGCUGCAGCUAAUGACUGGAACACCAUUCAAAACACCCUCAAACUUACCGUCCUCACAUCACUCACAGUCUUUAAACAAAAUUUGCAACAAAUUAUAGUUGACUCUUGCACCUGUUGAGUAGGCCUACUUGUCAUGUUUGUACUGUUUUUCACCUUUAUUGUAUUGUAUUUAUCAAUUGUUUAUUGUGUAUUUUAUAUAACUUUAUUUUUUAUUUUUAGCAUCCACUCCCCCCCUCCAGAGAGCCUUUGCUCUUUGGUUCAGGCUGCAUUUGUAAACAAGAAUUUGUUCUUAAUUGCUUGCCUGGGUAAAUAAAGGU